CCUCUGUGGGCGGGGCUCCGUGAAACCUGCCCUGCCGCCAGGGAUUGUCUGCCAAAGCCUGCGAGCGCCAGCCGAGAUCGCAGCCCAACCCAUGGCCGGGUCUCCUAGCCGCGCCGCGGGCCGGCGACUGCAGCUUCCCCUGCUGUGCCUCUUCCUCCAGGGCGCCACUGCCGUCCUCUUUGCUGUCUUUGUCCGCUACAACCACAAAACCGACGCUGCCCUCUGGCACCGGAGCAACCACAGUAACGCGGACAAUGAAUUUUACUUUCGCUACCCAAGCUUCCAGGACGUGCAUGCCAUGGUCUUCGUGGGCUUUGGCUUCCUCAUGGUCUUCCUGCAGCGUUACGGCUUCAGCAGCGUGGGCUUCACCUUCCUCCUGGCCGCCUUUGCCCUGCAGUGGUCCACACUGGUCCAGGGCUUUCUCCACUCCUUCCACGGUGGCCACAUCCAUGUUGGCGUGGAGAGCAUGAUCAAUGCUGACUUUUGUGCGGGGGCCGUGCUCAUCUCCUUUGGUGCCGUCCUGGGCAAGACCGGGCCUGCCCAGCUGCUGCUCAUGGCCCUGCUGGAGGUGGUGCUGUUUGGCAUCAAUGAGUUUGUGCUCCUUCAUCUCCUGGGGGUGAGAGUCUGGGAAGGGAUGGAGUCGGGGCUGGGGGGUGGUCAAGGUCAGCCUCUGAGCCAGGAGCGUGGGGGCGGGGGCGGGGUGCUGCCUCUCACCCCACCUCCCCAGGUGAGAGAUGCCGGAGGCUCCAUGACUAUCCACACCUUUGGUGCCUACUUCGGGCUCGUCCUUUCGCGGGUUCUGUACAGGCCCCAGCUGGAGAAGAGCAAGCACCGCCAGGGCUCCGUCUACCAUUCAGACCUCUUCACCAUGAUUGGGACCAUCUUCCUGUGGAUCUUCUGGCCUAGCUUCAACGCUGCACUCACAGCGCUGGGGGCUGGGCAGCAUCGGACGGCCCUCAACACAUACUACUCCCUGGCUGCCAGCACCCUUGGCACCUUUGCCUUGUCAGCCCUUGUAGGGGAAGAUGGGAGGCUUGACAUGGUCCACAUCCAAAAUGCAGCGCUGACCGGAGGGGUUGUAGUGGGGACCUCAAGUAAAAUGAUGCUGACACCCUUUGGGGCUCUGGCAGCUGGUUUCUUGGCUGGGACUGUCUCCACGCUGGGGUACAAGUUCUUCACGCCCAUCCUUGAAUCGAAAUUCAAAGUCCAAGACACAUGUGGAGUCCACAACCUCCAUGGCAUGCCGGGGGUCCUGGGGGCCCUCCUGGGGGUCCUUGUGGCUGGGCUUGCCACCCAUGAAGCUUACGGAGAUGGAUGAGUUUCCUCCCAACCCGCACUGCACCUGGAGAGUGUGUUUCCACUCAUAGCCGAGGGCCAGCGCAGUGCCACGUCACAGGCCAUGCACCAGCUCUUCGGGCUGUUUGUCACACUGAUGUUUGCCUCUGUUGGCGGGGGCCUUGGAGGGCUCCUGCUGAAGCUACCCUUUCUGGACUCCCCCCCAGACUCCCAGUGCUACGAGGACCAAGUUCACUGGCAGGUGCCUGGCGAGCAUGAGGAUAAAGCCCAGAGACCUCUGAGGGUGGAGGAGGCAGACACUUAUGCCUAACCCACUGCCAGCCCCUGAGAAGACACGCUCCUUUUCGAAGAUGCUGACUGGCUGCUACUAGGAAGUUCUUUUUGAGCUCCCAUUCUGCUCAAGAAGGGAGCCAUGAGCCAGAAGAAGGCCCCUUUCCACAGGCAGCGUCUCCACAGGGAGAGGGGCAGCAGGAGGCUGGGAAAUGGUGGGGAGUGGGGCCGUAACUGGGUACAGUAGGGGGAACCUCACCAGAUACCCAACCCGACUGCCCUACCAGCCUGUACAUGGGUAGAAGAGGCCAAAUUGAGGCACCCAAGUGAUCCACUGGCCCCACGUCACACAGUUACAGUGAAGCCCAAGCCAGGCCUGGUUGAGGGUGAUAAACGCCACUGUCUCUAAGG